UCGCAUCCAUCACAAAACCCAGUGCCCGUCUAUUACUCUUAUUGUUUUUGUGCUUCCGAUAUGUUCGAAGUAAGAACCCUAGUUCUUGUUGUCGUCCUCCACCUCCUUUCGUGAUCUAGAUAUUUCUUUCUGGUUUUUGUGUUCGAAGUUGAUUUCUUAAUUUAUCGGCUUUAAUUAGAGCCUUUCGUUUUAAAAUACGCAAAAUCUCUUUGUUCCGUGCCUACCAUCUGAAGAGUUAUGGCUCGUACGAAGCAGACUGCUCGCAAAUCCACCGGUGGAAAGGCUCCGAGGAAGCAGCUCGCCACAAAGGCUGCAAGGAAAUCGGCACCCACUACCGGUGGAGUCAAGAAACCUCACCGUUAUCGCCCCGGAACUGUUGCUCUUCGUGAAAUUCGUAAGUACCAGAAGAGUACUGAGCUUUUAAUCCGCAAAUUGCCCUUCCAACGCCUAGUUCGUGAAAUUGCUCAAGACUUCAAGACGGACUUGAGGUUCCAGAGUCAUGCGGUUCUGGCGCUUCAGGAGGCUGCAGAGGCUUACCUCGUGGGUCUCUUCGAGGACACCAACUUGUGCGCCAUCCAUGCUAAGAGGGUGACCAUUAUGCCUAAGGAUAUCCAGCUUGCUAGGAGGAUCCGUGGCGAGCGUGCUUAACUGGAUUUGGAGCUCGAUGUUUGCGUAUUGGAUUUUGCAUUUAUUAGGCCGUGCUUUACUUCUUUUGAUAUUGUACAGUCAAAGAUUAGGAAAUUGGCCAUUGGUUGAGGCCCACAAUACUAUAUGAAUUUGGUUUCUUGAACAUUUCUUUGCGGUCUCUCUGGUUCGUGUGAAGUAUUUUCAGCACUUGCACGACCUUUUUGUGUUGCCAACGUCAUGGUCACGGGUCAUGGCUUGCGGUUGAUAGCUUUGCUUUUUGUGUUUACUCAGCGAUCAAUAAGUCGUUAUUUCUUGUUAUGGGGUUAUUCUUUUACCUAGAAACCUCAAUGAAAAUGCUUUCACGCCAAGUCCCAUUACAAUACAAUCUCCAUGCUUGCAGAUU